CUGCGCGCGCUCAUCCCGCCUUCUUGCGAGCAGAAAACACUCGGGUCUCCAUCGUACGGGACCGGCUGCUGCUUCCUUUGAAGCUCCAUUUCUCUGCUCACUCUCUACCAAUCAUACUCUCUCUUUCUUUUCUUUCUUUUUUACCCUCUCACUCACUCUCUCUCUCUCUCUCUCUCUCUCUCGCUCUCUCUCUCUCUCUCUCUCCCUCUCUCUGUCUCUGCUCAUCCCACCACUCUCUCUACCUCGCCGCUCAGAGCAGGGUUGUGUAUUGUCGGGGGUUUGUGUUGUCAGCUAGAGGAGGGAACAUGCAGCAUCCUGGAGGAACAUGCGUGGCGUUACCCAACGUGGACGCCUGUCCUCAGCUGUCCUGUGCUGCCCUCACCUUCAUGUAUUUACAGCAGGGUAACCAGGACACACCGGCACCCCCGGACCCAUCCAUGGCCCAGGCUUACCCAUCAGCCCAGUUUGCCCCCCCUCCCCAGAACGGCAUUCCCGCCGAGUUCACAGCUUCACACCCCCAUCCCCAUCCACACUCCCACCCACAUCCGCACCAGCACCCAGCAGCACCGCAGGACUACACCGGGGUCCAGGCCUCCGUCAGUGAGCACCCACUCAACAUGUACCAGUCCUCACAGAGCCACAGCGAGCAGAGCGGGACAGACUCUGGCAGUCAGACGGUCACCGGCACAGCCACAACAGAUGAUGCUGCCCAGACGGACAGUCAGCCACCAACGCAGACUGUACCUGAAAGCACAGACAGCAAGGCCCAACCCAAGAGACUCCAUGUCUCUAACAUCCCCUUCAGGUUCAGAGACCCAGACCUCAGGCAAAUGUUUGGUCAAUUUGGCAAAAUUUUAGAUGUGGAAAUCAUCUUCAACGAGCGUGGUUCUAAGGGUUUUGGGUUCGUAACGUUCGAGCAUAGCGUGGACGCCGACAGGGCCAGAGAGAAAUUACAUGGCACCGUGGUAGAAGGCCGUAAAAUAGAGGUCAACAAUGCAACAGCCCGAUUAAUGACAAAUAAGAAGACUGUCAACCCAUAUGCAAAUGGCUGGAAGUUAAAUCCAGUGGUCAGCGCUGUCUACAGCCCAGAAUUCUAUGCAGUACCAGGUUUUCCCUACCCAACAGCCAGUGCAGCAGCAGCAUACAGAGGAGCCCACCUAAGAGGUCGAGGACGGACCGUGUACAACACAUUCAGGGCGGCUGCUCCCCCUCCCCACAUUCCAGCUUACGGAGGUGUUGUUUACCAGGAUGGAUUUUAUGGUGCAGAUAUUUAUGGUGGUUACGCUGCCUACAGAUAUGCCCAGCCUACUGCUGCCACAGCUGCUGCAUACAGUGACAGUUACGGACGAGUAUAUGCUGCCGACCCCUACAACCACACACUCACUCCAGCAGCCACAUACAGCGUUGGUGCCAUGAACGCAUUCACCCCGCUGACAGAUGCGAAAACUCGGAGCCACGCCGACGACGUGGGGCUAGUGCUGUCCUCUCUCCAGGCUAGUAUAUACCGGGGAGGCUACAGCCGCUUCGCACCCUAUUAGCAACACCUCCAACUCCUAUACUCAACCUUCCAACAGGACAGAAAGAAAGUGUGUGUGAGCGUGAGUGUGUGAGCGAAUGAAAACAACAGAGAACGAGUGAUCAGAGGAGAGAUGUUACUGAGGCCUGGGUAUUGCAAUACAUGCAGUUUGUGCAUCAUUUCAGCAUCUCCUAAGAGAGAAGUACAAAAAAAAGAAUAAAAUGACAGCUGAUAUUUUUCAUCUUAUACCUCAGAUAUUUUGUGCUGUGUAUUUUGAUAUUGUGGGUUUUUAAUUUCUAAAGAUUUAAACUUAGAUUAUCAGCUGUAGAGGUUUUUCCAUGGUACUAAUAGAGAGCUGCUAGAGUAAUGAUUAGGACACAAAUGAAAUAUUUAUCAAAAUCAAAUUGUUAGGGCUUGUAUAGAACUCCAACCCUGUAAGAUAGGUCAUAGUCACACUUUGGGGUUUUUAUGUUUUGUAAGAGUGUUAAAGUGACUAUGCUAGUCAAGUGUUGUUGUUUUUCUUCUCUCAGCUUCCUUUGGCACUUCCUCUGUCGGUUUAGCAAUGAUAGUUUUAUUUUAUUAUUAUUUUUUUGGUUUGGGAGGAAGUACAGACGCCUUGGAAAACAUGGACAUGGAUAAAAGUUCUUCUCUGAACCUUUAAGGGCAGAGUGGGUGUGUAGGAGAAGCUGAGAACAGCCAUUAUUGCUAUAUUUAAGUCCAUUAUCUUGAGAACUCAACAUUGGUUUUUUUUUGUUGUUGUUGUUUUGUUCACUGAGAACAAGCUCUUAACUUGUGAUUAGAACUUUAUUAUCCUCAUAGUUAUUUUGCCAAACAAAGAUAAUGCUACUUUCUCAAGAAAAAAUCCUGUGUAAUGUCUGCAUAGUUGUGAAAACUUAAUGUAUUGUAGCCAAAUUUCAUUGAGUUUUCCUGUUUAUU